UCAACGUACCACCGAGGUUAGUCUUACUCGCGUUUGUAUCGAAUAAACAUUAAAAUUCGGCGGAUCAAUUUAAACCAAGUGUACUCCCGUACUAUAACUAUAUAUUCCAACUUAUUUACAUUUACACAUAUUCGACAUUGCAUAUCUGUUGAAAUGUCGAAGCUGGUGUUGUAUUACGACGAUGUCAGUCCACCAGUACGCAGUUGUAUGAUGCUUAUCAAAAUGUUGGAGUUGGAUGUGGAAUAUAAAUUUGUUGAUUUGUUCAAGGGUGGUCAAUUGGAUAAGGCAUUCUUAGAGCUAAAUCCGAAUCACACAGUGCCCACUUUGGUACAUGAUAACCUGGUUAUCACUGAUAGUCAUAUUAUUCUGAUGCAUCUCUGUGAGAAAUUCGAGCAGGAAAGCAAAGACCAGAAAUUAUGGCCCUUAAAUUAUGACGAGCGUAUACGCGUUUGGAAUAUGCUCUUUUUUGAAUGCGCCGUACUCUUUCGAAGAGAUAGUGAGUUUUUGUCCGGUAUAGUGCGCAAUGGUUUUGCAAGUGUUGAUUUCCCCUUGCACGAACGUAAAUUGUUGGAGGCGUACAAUAUGUUGGAGUCAUAUUUGCGACGACACAAAUAUAUGGCGGGUGAUCAUAUGACAAUUGCCGAUAUCUCCAUUGUGACCACAUUGAGUACGGUGAAUCUAAUGUUUCCGAUUGCUGCUGGCGCCGCAGAUAAAUGGCCUCUGCUGAAUGAUUGGUUUGGGCGCAUGCAAGCAUUGCCGGUAUUUCACAUUAAUCAGACGGGACUGGAGAAACUGCGUGUUGUCAUCGAACGACUGGGUAAAUUUAAAUUUCCAAAUAGCGAAAAUGCGGCGACAGAGGUGAAGCAGCCAGCAGAAGAGGUCGCUGGCGAUGAAGCCGGCGCCGUGGGCGAAGAAAAAACUGCAGAAAAGUUCCAUGAGAAAAUGUUUGCCAAUAACAGUAAUUACAAUGUGCGUCCAAUUUUGUAUUACGACGACAUAAAUCCGCAUUCGCGUGCCGUUCUAAUGAUUUUGAAUAUGUUGGAUGUGGAUAUUGAGCUGCGCGCCGUCGAAAUGAUCAAAGGAGAACAUUUGAAACCGGCCUACGCGAAAAUCAAUCCAGCCCACACCGUACCCACUAUGGUGCAUAAGGACCUUGUCAUCACCGGCAAUGCGAUAUUCUCGUACGUGUGUGAGAAUAAUGACAACGAAAAGGCAAAUCAGUUGAUUGCUUUGAAAUGUUAUAAACGACAUUGUUGCGUUUUGUCUCGCCUAUUUUUUGAGAGUCAGGUGUUGCAUCGCAUACAUGGACAUUUGAUGACGGAUUUAGUGCGAAAAACCAUUUUCCAAACAGAUUUGGAUUAUCAUCAGAGAAAGGUGGAACAUGCCUAUGAUGUCAUGGAAGCGUAUCUGAGCGAGGGCCAGUUCAUGGCGGGAUCUGUGUUAACCGCUGCUGAUAUUUCCUUUGUCGCUUGCCUUGGUGCCUUGGAUAUGAUGUUUCCGAUGGAUGGCGAUCGUAAGAGAUGGGAAAAAUUAAACGAUUGGUAUAGGCGUAUGCGUUCACUAUCAAUACAGAAAAUUAAUGAAUUCGGCAUUGAGAAACAACGACAAAUUGUCGAAUAUUUUGCAAAAUUUCAAUUCAAAUCAGAUAUAAAACGUUUUACCACCGGACUACGCGAAUCGCAAAUACCAAGUUUUCCAUCGCGGCCAGAUCGUUGUAGUGUUAGCAUACAAACGGGCAAUGGGCUAGUAUUGACCGCAACAGGUAAAGAGCCCACAGUUGAUAUUGUGAGCACGCAACAUAAUAUUGGUCAAAUCACGUAUUUACAAGAACAAACAGCGUUGUCAGGUAGUGGUGAGAGAACUACACUAGUAACACCAAAUACACUGAAAGAUGGUGUGGCGCCGAAAAUAGUUGAUGAAAUCAAUAAAAUUGCCAAAACCAAAAUUAGCAAAAUAUUGAACGAAGAACUUGAAAAGGAGUUAGCGUUAUUUACGGAACCUGAAUUUCCACCUGCACCAUUAAUUGAGGAACCAAAUGCGUUGGAAAGAGUCGUGCCCAUAUUAAGCGACGCUGAAAAGUCGGUUUCCCUUUCCAAAACACCAGAAGAUGAUAAAACUAUAUUGGCAGAUAGAAGCUUAGGUGGUGCACAGAAGGAGAAACCACCAGUGCCACCGAAGCGUAAAAGAAAUGCGCCUACCCAAGAAGAUCAUUUGGAAGAGUUAAACAAUACAGCGACAAAUGCUCAAAAUCCUGAAAAAACUGAAGCAACUGUAGAUUCAACGAAAUUAAUUAAAAAUAGCGUUCUAUGUACUGAGUCUGAAAGACAAGAAUGCACUUCAGUGCCAAAUAAAUACGUUGCACCAAGCCAAACAGACAAGCUAAGUCGUUUAAAUGGUGGUGUUGAGUCCACAAUUCUUAUAGAAAUGGAAAAAAAUCAGAUUCAAAUACAACCGCCUGCAGCUUUCCCAUCAGCUUUGUCGAAAAUAAUGAAUGGUCCGAAUUCCACCAAACCCACUUCCGGAAACCUGUCCGAAACUUCUUCAUUGAUAUCAGCUAGUAAUUCGAAGGAUGUACACAAGUUGUCGCAGAAAACCGCAAAAACAAGAAUUGCGUCAAAUUCUACGAAAAUCAAGAACCAAGCAAAGCACAACGUUACCGCGGAAAUGACAACAACAGAAACUCUAAUAACAGAGGGUUUGCCGAUUAAUGGUAAACAAGUAGCUUUGAGUUAUACUCGUGGUGCCGCCGCACCCAAUUUGCUGCUAGCUGCGCCACCACCUUCACCAGAAAAUCACUCACAGGAUGAAGAAUUUCCACCGCCACCAUCGGAAUUAUUAAUACCGAAACCAACUACGCGAGCAAAAUCAACACCAAAUCCAAGGAUACCCAAUGUCAAAGCAACGUUUGAACCAAAUGAAAGGUUUGGCAAGAAAAAACUUAGUUGUGGUAAACCGAAUUCCGAGAUUGCAGUUGAAUGUCCAACGAAGCUUGUCCAUAAGAGAUCAUGUGAGUUCAAGUCAUUUACGGGCAGAAAAUAUCCCGCUCAAGAAACUAAAGUUUGCAAACUGGCAAAGAAAUUGAAUAACGGCGGACUAUUCGCCAGUGGCACAAGGUCGCUUUGCUCUAAUCCUUCUCAAGGCUCCAUUCCGCGUGAGCGUUGUAAAAGAGUUUCGCAUCCGUUAAAUAUAAUAAAACCGAUUCCAAAAUUUGUAGCAGGAAAAAAGGUUUCACCGCAAGCCACACGCCUGGAUAAAAAACCACAAAAAGUUGAAAAUGAUUCAGCAGGAACAUUGGUCGAAUGUUCCUACUCAUCGACAAAUUUUAUGCAGAAGCUACUUGGUCACAUAUCUAACUGUAGUGAACCAAAGCAAUUAAAAAACCAGAGUCUGGAAGAACAGCAAAGAGUAGAAGGUGGCGGACAAUGGACUCCCGCGACAACGGCUGAUGGCAAGCAGAAAGCUUUAAACUCUUUAAUACAGCAACCAACCAUUAUUGUAGUGAAGUCAAAAACUAUUUUAAAAAUGGAAGAUGAGAAUAAGAAUGAGGCAAGCUGGCAACGCAACAACUCUUCAAAGUCAACCAAACCGAGACCAAAAACUCCACCGAAUCCAAUUACCAAAGAUAUGAAGACUGCGAACCAAAAUGUUGUAUCGAAGAAUAAACAGAAAGCAUAUCCAACACAGACACGAUUUCAAGCCAAAAACUUUAAGACAUCAACCUAUACUCAACCGCCAAAAUUCUUUGAUACGAGUCCAUAUAGACCUGGUCAGAGUUUCAAUAAACAACAGCCGAAGGUAGUAGCAGAGAAGAGAUCCACAACCAAAAAUAAAAAGAAAAAAGCUACGAAAGCCCACAACAUCGCAGAUUCAAGCGACAAAGCACAAGCUCCACCCUCGUUGCCCACACCAACGCCAGUGGUAGAUCAAAAUGCAACUCUGCAGUCCACGCCCGCUGCUACAACAACACUACCAACCGCAGUAGAUGUGCCGGUAAAAGUGGGCUUGGUGGCCAAGGCACUACAAACACUUAACGUUGCAAGCUCAAACUUCCGUUCACCGACUUAUAAUAUAAGUAAAGAAUUAACACCAGCGAGACCUCUACUACCUCCACCGCCGCCGCCGCCAAAUCAUUGGUCACUAGGAACAGCUAAACCGCCACCACCACCACCAUUGCCAGUUAAAGAUAUCCUACCACAGGCUGGUACGGUGGCAAAGGCGCUACAAUCUUUAAGCGCCGUGACUUCGGAAGCAAAUCCGUUAUGCGGCUCAGUGAAACCUUUUCGUAAAGCAGACUUGAAGAUGAAAUUCAUGAACUCAGCUAGAUCUUCAGUAGUGACAGAGAAAGGCUUAAACAAAACUGCACCUUUUAAUGGCGAUGAGAAGAAUGUUGCGAAACCUUUGGCCGAAAUACUCACUGCAACGGUAAAGCAAAUGAACCAGAAAAAAAUCGAUGAACAAAAAUCAACCUCAUUGUCCGAGGGCAUCAAGGAGAUGUUAAUAAAAAUGAAAACUCUGCCAGAUAAAGAUGUGAUGCCAGAAGUUUUGGUAAAUAGUAUGACUGAAAGUACAAAACCAUUCCAAAGCACACAAAUAAUACCUACAACAAGCGCUAUAACUGGUCUUAAGAAUUCAACAGCUAAAAUAACAAUAGAUCCCGAGUCCAACAAAUCGCUAUUACCAGCACAACAAUUGUCUAAUAUGUCAGAUUUCUCCGAAGCCUUAGCACCGCCGAUCAUAUGUGAGCCCGUGCAAGUAUUGGUACCACAGAAAAAUAUUUCAACUUCAGAAUCACACGAUGUAUCCAAACCUUACCCCUCCUGGGCCGCUUGCACCGAUAAUACCAUUUUAUCAGCAAGCGAAGUUAAAUCCAAUAAAGAAGAAAAGAAUAAGCUUGAAGCAUCCAAAAGCAAACGUUACGCUAUAGAUAGAAAUAUGAUAAACAAUGGUAUUAUAGAUAUGGAACCGACACCACUACCGGGACAACCGAAUAUUAUAAUCACUGGUUAUACACGCGCCGAACCGAAAAGCCAUAAUCCAGUGUUUGUUGGCACAGGUCGUCCGUUAGGUAGUGCCAUAACACCCACACUAAGAAGACCGACAAACGGAUUAUGUACGCAUGGACCCUCUGCUAACGUCGUAAUUUCAACUUUUGGCUACACACCCGUGCCGGAUUUAGACACGAUUCCGAAAAAUCUCAUGCAUCUGCUUAAUAAACCGUUGUUUAAUGAACAGCAAACAUUACCUCCGCCUCCACCAUCAGUUUUGAGUACAGCGUCAGCAGCGCAGCAGGUCACUGCGGUUAGUGAAGAACGUGUGCUUGCUGCACGUCGUCCCUAUCCGACUGCGCAUAGAAGUGGUAGUCAGCGAAGGUGAAAUCAACCAACCAAUAUUAGAGGACGUGUUAUGUGAAGGAUUGUGUGCAGCUUUCAAAAUUAUUGCCAAUGGUAACUCGUUUGCGGAUCAGUGAAAUAUAUGGGUUGACUUAUUUUCUAUAAGAGAUUAGUAUAUAGGCUUGUCUUUUUUUAUUAUUUGUCGCUUAGAACUCAGGCCAAAUCUAACCAUAACUGCUGUAAUAUUAUGAUGUAACAAUUGUGCAAUCAAACUGCUAAAAAUAAAGUAAUCAAUGUAAAACGAAAAUUAUUUCUGAAAAUA